AUGAAAACGUUGAUGCUGUUCCUUCUGCUCAGUUGUGUGAAUAGCUUCUGCUACAACCUUCUUCGAGGCUUUGUGCAUUGGAACAAAGCGAGGUUCUCACGACCGCUGUUUUUCGCUCUUAUAGAGAUCAGCAUUCAUUUGCCUCAAUUCUCUCUCAUAUUGCCGGCCGUCUUGUGGUAUAGCUACCGCAAAGUAUCACGGAAGGCGGAGCAGAGGCAUCGAGAGAAUAUGGAUCGCGAUGCGCCCGAAAACACAAAACUUCAUUUCAACAUGAUUACUGAGUCUUGGAAGUAA